GCUGGCUGGAUGGCUGCAGUGUGACCUGCCGGGAGCUCUGUGAGGGGGACAGGAUGUCUGUGCUGGGGAUGGGCAUUGAUCCUCUCCAAACUUCAUGCCAUGCUGUGCCCUCACUGCUUCUCCAUAGCAACAUGGAUCUGCUUGGUAUAUUCCUGGUGUCUGGUCAGCUCCAAUCUACAGGAACUGGAUUUUGUUGUAAGGAAACCCUCCACUUCUGUUGUGUCUUGUAGGUAAGUUCUCAUGCUACCACAAGUGAGGAUGGAGUGGAACAUCACUGUCACUACCAAUGGGAGCUCAGGGUCAGAGAACUUCAGCAGGUACAGAAUUUCUGUGUUCAGCGUCCUCAUCUUAACUCUACUGGCUAUGCUGGUUAUUGCUACCUUCCUAUGGAAUGUGCUAGUUCUAGUGACCAUACUGAGGGUCAGGACUUUCCAUCGGGUUCCUCAUAAUUUGGUGGCCUCUAUGGCGAUAUCGGAUGUCAUGGUGGCCGCUCUAGUGAUGCCCCUUAGCCUGGUUCAUGAACUGAAUGACAGGCGUUGGAGGAUGGGUAGAGUCCUGUGCCACAUCUGGAUCUCUUUCGAUGUACUAUGCUGUACAGCUAGCAUCUGGAAUGUGACAGCCAUCGCCCUGGACAGGUACUGGUCCAUCACAAGACAUUUAGAAUACACCUUGAAGACUAGAAAGAGGAUAUCUAAUAUCAUGAUCUUGCUCACAUGGCUGCUGUCUGCAGUUAUCUCACUGUCUCCUCUUUUUGGAUGGGGAGAAACCUAUUCAGAAACAAUGCAAAAGUGUCAGGUGAGCCAAGAACCCUCCUAUACGAUCUUUUCCACCUUUGGAGCAUUUUAUCUUCCGCUUUGUGUGGUUCUCUUUGUGUACUGGAAAAUCUACAAAGCUGCUAAAUUCAGAAUUGGAUCAAAAAAGACUAAUACAAUUACCCCUAUGCCAGAGGUGAUCGAGGUUAAAGAAGCGUCUCACCAGCCCCAAAUGGUCUUCACAGUUCGUCACGCCACAGUCACCUUCCAGACAGAUGGAGACACAUGGAGAGAACAGAAGGAGAAAAGGGCUGCACUUAUGGUGGGCAUUCUCAUAGGGGUCUUUGUUCUUUGCUGGAUCCCGUUCUUUAUCACUGAACUGAUUAACCCCUUGUGUUCCUGCGACAUUCCUCCCAUCUGGAAAAGUAUAUUUUUAUGGCUGGGGUACUCGAAUUCAUUCUUCAACCCUUUGAUCUAUACAGCCUUUAACAAGAACUAUAACAAUGCAUUCAGAAAUCUCUUCUCCAGGCAGCGGUGACGCUUCUCUGUGGUGUGCUGGAAUUUACUUGAGCAAGCAUGUGUUAACCAACCAUCGUGUCUUCAUCCAAGAACCUCAGUAUUACGACUACUGCCUGUUACUAGGAGGAACUGGAAUGCCGGUGUACUUGUAUGGAUUACAAGAGGAGAAUAAAGUCUUUUGGCAAUAGAUGAGACUAUUAUGGUGAUAAGAAUAAGAUAAGAAUGUGUCUGAUCUGUUCCUGAUUGUGUAUAAAAAGCAAUAGAUCAGUCAAUGGGUUUUCCUCCCACCUAUAAUAAUCAUUGUGGUUAUUCCCGCUGUAGUCAUGCAAGAGGAUAUGCAGCAGCUAGGUUACAGGAUACAAGAUCUAUGACAUUAUGAGAUAUGUUACAAAGUAUGAGUCCCUUACAUCUUGACCUUAAAUCUAUAAUAAAGAUCUUGUGAUGCCUCCUUGUUUGGAUAUUGCCAGACAAGCAGUAACACACCGCUCAUUGAAUUCGCCAUUGGCCAUGGUCUCCUGAGACUUAGAUGUGAGGGUCAGAGAAGACCAAUUAACUUACUACAGGUUCAUUCCCAGGAGGAUGAUGAAUUCUAAACGCAUGGAGGCGAUUUAUCGAUCAAAUAUCUAUUUGGUUAGUUUUAAAGAAAAAGUAGUAAAUAUUUCAUUUAGAUACUUACACUUAAAUUCAACAGAAAUGAGCUCUUCUGAUCUGCUUCCAUAUCAGAUGAAUUCUUGUCAUAGACUCUUAAUCAAGUAUCCUUUUCCAGGAGGACAUUUUCACAGGUUAUAAUUGAGGACUAUAAAGCAGCUUAUAGUUUAUAUACACAUUACACAGGCUGGCUGUGUAAUGGAUUCAGCAUUUGCAAAAACUUUUAGAAUUAGCCAAUUCAAAAACUAAACUCUAAAGCUUUGUGUCUAUGGCGGAGCCAUGCUCAGAAGAUUGUAUGAAAGGAGUUGUCCAGGAUUACAAAAACACUGCUUUCCUGCACAAACAGCACCACUCUUGUCCACAGGAUGAGUCUGGCAGUGCAGCUUUAUUAAAAUGAAUAGGAUAGAGCUACAGUCCUAUGCAUGACCUGUUGUACAGGAGUGGGGGUCCUAAUCCUAGACAACCCCUUUAAGGCUGCGUCAAGAUCCACACAGUGCCACUGUGUUGUGUUUGUCAAAUCCAAGAGAGAGUGAUGGGAAUUGCAUUGUAUGAACCAGGACAGAGAAUUACUGCAAUGAAGAAGAAGGUUUAUCAAUCGCUUUUAAUAUUGCAUUUUUUAUUAAUUUUUUUUUUUUUAAAAUCAACAGUAUUCCAUUUUCGAGCUUCUAGCCGGAUAUGUAUAUUUCAUUGUUUUGUAAUUAAAAAUGA